AAGUGUGUUCUUUGUUUAUCUCCUUAACACAUUCCCAACAGUGGAAGCGUACAUAAUAUAUAAUUUAAUGUUCAGUUAAGUGUUUUUAAUGUUAAUUAAACGUUAAUUAAACGUUAAUUAAACGAUAUUUAAGGAUAACUUUAUCUCUUCGUUCAAAACGUGAGAAAGAUUUCGUUUAAAAAUGGAGAAUCAAAGGCAAAAAGAUUGCGUGUGCGAUAGGCCACGUGGAUGCGUUUUUUGUCGCAAUUGCGGACAUUUGGAAGUUGGACGCCUCAAACUUCAUUGUCCUUGUCAUCCUCAUACAAUAUUUCUUUACGAUGUGUCGAGAUGCUCAAAAUGUAUGAGCCCAGAUUUCAUGUUGCGUGAAAUGAGAAAGUUUCAUUAAAACUUGUAAAAAAAAACAAAGUUGCAAAAAUCACAAGAGUUUAUUUUUUGUUCAAUAUUUAAAUAAUAUUUAAUUUCUUAAAGAAUAUAGUAAAGUUAAGUUUAUUUCGUUGAAUAAGAUUUACGAUAUAUUUUUCUUUUUAAUUAAUUCCAUUUGCAUACACAAAUGUACCAUUGGAUUUAAUAAUUAUAAAAAAGAGUAUCAAAAAGUGAA